AUGCCCGUAUCACACGUCGGCUUGAUUGUUUCUCACGUACCUUCUGCGUGCUCUUUCUUCCUCUCAGCACUCCAACCUCUCGAUUACAGAUACAUCGGCAAUCAAGGCGAUUCUGUGGGCUUUGGCACCGACGAUGCAGACUUCUUCUUGAGUCCUGAAGUACCUGGUAACGCACAUGUGGCAUUUUCCGCGACCAGCAAAUUGGCGGUGAGAGACUUCUACGCGGCUGCACUUACCGCUGGCGGUCAGCCGAACGGUGCACCUGCCUUCAGAGGCUGUAACGACUGUAUCUUUAAUGCUGCAGUGCUCGACCUCGAUGGAAACAGCAUUGAGGUUAUCUACCAUCAACUCGAAGAAGACGAUGCAUACACCACUGUCUCAGGAGGUAGCCGUGUCCUGACAUGGAGAAGAGGCAUUGUAAACGUUCUGGGCGAUGAGGAUAGGACUACCUUUGUGUCGGCACGAAGAAGCCAGCCUGAUACUGAAAAGAUGUCCACGACAAGCAUCACCGAAUCAACACCUCGUUCCAAAGCAUCGGGUGUCACCAGGACCGCAUCGAUGCCCACCAUCUCACCUGGAACCUCCGAAUCUGGAUUCCAGAUAACUGGCAAAGCCAUCAUAGGGACUAUCCUCGGUGCUGCAGCUGGCGCAGCAGUUGCUUACGCCAUGAUAAAGAGCGAACAAGACAGCGCGCAACAAGAAGCAGACUUCGCUGAGGCAAUUAGUGGAAAAGCUGCGUCUAGCAGAACAUCCAGUGAGACACCUAGCAAGAUUGCUCCGAGUCAAGCUCAAACUAGCAAGGCAAAGACUGUAUUGAGCUCCGCGACAGUGAGCAAGACAGCACAGACGAGCAAAAUUCUCGAACAACCCGUUGAGAACAUGACUUCUCGGCCGAGGACGAGAGUGCAUCGCAACUAUAGUACUACGGAUUCUGUGGUUGCGUCUAGAGUGAUGGAACAGUUCAGCGAUGUUGAGUUCGAGGACCCUGUUCGAUCACACAAGACACGCUCCGUGAAAGCAUUAGAAGCGGCUCCUGAGCCUCGGACAAUCGACACAAAGAGCUGCCACAGCCCUACCUAUGUCUCUCUAGCACCCACCUCAAGGACUAACAAGAAACACGAGAAGUCGGAGGUGCUCUACUUACCACCAUUGCGGACGUCCCAGCAAAAGCUCAAGAAUGGCCGUCACAAGAUCUUGCGAUUGCCCGCCGAGACAGUGCGAUGA